AUGGGUGACCUUGCAGAACCUGAAGUAGAGAUGAGGUACGCGGAUGAAGACACUAGGCCAACAAGUCAGAAAGAGUUAUGGGGAUGGUAUUCCUAUGGCUGGGCCGCAGAGGUCUUUGCCAUCUGCGCAAUGGGAUCAUUUCUUCCCAUUACCCUUGAACAACUGGCCAGGGAGCGAGGAGUGCUAUUGAAAGAUAAAACAACACCGUGCAGCGCAGGUUGGAAAAGCGACGAUGGCACUUCGCCCAAUGCCACCGUCUUCGAUUCUCCUAAGCACCCGCACAAUGAGCUUCCUGCCUGUGUCGUAUACAUCCUCGGCGCCGAGAUCAAUACUGCGAGUUUCGCCAUGUAUACCUUCUCGAUCAGUGUCCUGAUUCAGGCUCUCCUCAUCAUCUCCAUGUCUGCAGCAGCCGAUCACGGCAGGUUUCGGAAGACAUUCCUUCUCGCCUUCGCUUUUACCGGCGCAACUGCUACCGCCCUAUUCAUCAGCGUUAUACCCAAGGUCUACUUGCUGGGGGCUCUCUUCGCCAUUGUUGCGAACACAUGCUUUGGAGCAUCGUUUGUAUUACUGAAUUCUUUCUUGCCCUUGCUGGUGCGACAUCACCCUUCUCUUGAGAGAAACCAUGAACAAGAUCCGGCUGCAGGCGACGAUGAGGAAUACGUCGAGCACGAGGACCACGUCUUGACGAGCUCGACUUCAGGUCUCUUACCUCGUGAUCGCGCCGACACCACCUCUCCCACCCAAGAAUCUCCUGCCGCGAUCUCGCCGGCGCUGAAACUGUCCACCAAGAUAUCGUCAAAUGGAAUCGGAAUUGGAUACAUUGCCGGAUUAUUUGUCCAAAUUAUUGGUAUCGGCAUAGUGGCGGCAACAAAAUCCACACUCCUAUCCUUGAGACUGGUUCUCCUGCUUGUGGGACUAUGGUGGUUCGUGUUCAGCAUCCCAGCCGCUCUCUGGUUGCGACCCCGACCCGGACCGCCCUUGCCGAGCGAGUUGACGGGACACUACGCCUGGGUGACAUAUGUCACCUAUGCGUGGAAAGCACUAUUCACAACAAUAGGACAUGCCAAAAAGCUCAAGGAUAUCAUGAUCUUUCUUUGCGCGUGGUUUUUACUGAGCGACAGCAUUGCCACAGUGAGCGGGACGGCAGUGCUCUUCGCCAAAACGAGUCUGGGAAUGAACACCCCAGCCCUUGGCCUGAUCAACGUCAUUGCAACAAUAGCGGGCGUCAUUGGCGCCUUUUACUGGAGUUACAUUUCUCGGAUUUUCAACCUUGGCGCUUCCAGGACAAUCGUUGCAUGCAUCUGCUUGUUUGAGAUUAUUCCUUUGUACGGACUCUUGGGUUUUAUCCCUGCCAUCAAACGAUAUGGUGUUUUUGGCUUGCAACAGCCAUGGGAGAUGUACCCUCUGGGGGCAAUCUAUGGGUUCGUUCUUGGAGGGUUAUCGUCGUACUGUCGAGCAUUCUUUGGCGAAUUAAUUCCCCCGGGGUUCGAGGCGGCAUUUUACGCCCUGUACGCCAUCACAGACAAAGGAUCCAGCAUCUUUGGACCAGCCAUCGUUGGGGCCAUCACAGAUCGAUAUGGGGAGAUACGACCUGCAUUUGUCUUUUUGGCUGUGCUCAUCUUUCUUCCAUUGCCGCUGAUGCUAUUGGUCGAUGUCGAUCGAGGCAAGGCUGAAGCGUACAAAAUGGCAUUGGAGCUCGAAGGAUACCGCAAAGCAGGAGACGAGGAAUCAAGACACAGGACGAUACCUACAAUAGUACUCUCGGACGCGGAGGAUUGA